AUGCCCCCUCCGGUCCCUUGCACUGGGAUUGACAACAAUGCCCAAGCAAAUCAGUCUCCACACCCCUCCACACCCCCUUCUUCAUCGCCCAGCAAGACCGAUCGCAUUGAUUACACAUUGCUUGCUUCGUCAUGGAGACUACUCGGCGGCGUCAGCUCCACAGCUGUGACCCUUGUCGCAAAGGGAAACGAGGCUGCGAUGCACCGGCUUACGCAAUGCUAA